GGUUGUUUUGGGGUGUUCCUGACCCCAAACCCCUCAGACAACGUCUGCAUCGAGGCCAUGGGAGUGACCAUCACCCGCCGGACGCUCGACCGCUGCCAGGCCAACGUGGGAGCGCUGCAGGGCCACGUCCAGAGGCUGAAGGAGGAGGAUUCCCGGCGCCUGGCUGACGAGUACCGGCGCUUGGUGCAGGGGCUGCGCGAGGCCGGCGCCGCCCGCGACUGCGACCUGCUGCUGGCCAACCCCGUGCUGCCCGACCAGAUCCUGCGCGAGGCGGUCCCGGGCAGCAUCCGCACGGCCGAGCACUUUGUGGGGUUCCUGCGCCGGCUGGUGGAGCACCUUCGGGCGCAGCUCCGGGGGCCGCGCGUGCAGCAGCUCAGCCCCCCGGCGUUCCUGCGGGAGCUGCGGGAGCGCGUCUGCAUCGACCGCAAACCCCUCAGGUUCUGUGCCGAGCGGCUGCACUCGCUGCUCCGCACUCUCGCCCUCCCCGACGUCGCCGACUUCUCCCCGAUCACCCUCGUGGCCAAUUUCGCCACCCUGGUCAGCACCUACAGCAAAGGUUUCACCAUCAUCAUCGAGCCCUUCGACGAUCGCACCCCGAGCGUCUCCAACCCCGUCCUGCACUUCAGCUGCCUGGACGCCUCCAUCGCCAUCCGGCCGGUGUUCGAGCGCUUCCAGUCAGUCAUCAUCACCUCGGGGACUUUGUCCCCGCUGGAGUUUUACCCCAAAAUUUUGGGGUUCCGCCCCGUUACCAUGGCAACCUUCAGUAUGACCCUGGCCCGGGAGUGCCUCUGCCCCAUGAUCGUGGGAAGAGGCAACGACCAAGUGGCCAUGAGCUCCAAAUUCGAGACCCGCGAGGACAUUGCGGUGACCCGGAAUUACGGGCAGCUGCUCCUGGAGCUCUCGGCCGUGGUCCCCGACGGCCUCGUGGCGUUUUUCACCAGUUACGUUUACCUGGAGAGCACCGUGGCCUCGUGGUACGAGCAGGGCAUCCUGGAGAACAUCCAGAGGAACAAACUCCUCUUCAUCGAGACCCAGGACGGGGCUGAGACCAGCGUGGCCCUGGAGAAGUACCAGGAGGCGUGCGAGAACGGCCGCGGGGCGGUGCUGCUCUCGGUGGCGCGCGGGAAAGUCUCCGAGGGCAUCGAUUUCGUCCAUCACUACGGUCGGGCCGUGAUCAUGUUCGGGGUCCCCUACGUUUACACCCAGAGCCGCGUCCUCAAGGCCCGUCUGGAAUUCCUGCGGGAGCAGCUCCAGGUGCGCGAGGGGGAGUUCCUGACCUUCGACGCCAUGCGGCACGCGGCGCAGUGCGUGGGGAGAGCCCUGCGCGGCAAAACCGACUACGGGCUCAUGGUGUUCGCUGACAAGCGUUUUGCCCGCCUGGACAAGCGCUCCAAGCUGCCCCGGUGGCUGCAGGAGCGGCUCCCCGAGGCCCACCUGAACCUGACGGUGGACGAGGCCGUGCAGGCGGCGAAGCGCUUCCUGCGCCAGAUGGCCCAGCCCUUCCGACAGGAGGAGCAGUUGGGGCUGUCGCUGCUGACGCUGGAGCAGCUCCGGACCCCGGAGGCGCAGCAGCGGAUCCAGGAGAUCCCCCAGCAGCUCUGAGAGACCCCCGGAGCCCCCCGGGAUCCGCCCGAGGGAUCUGAAGGGAUCCGGAGAGCCCCAAACAGCUGCAGGAGGGACUGGAUCCCAAAAAUGCCAAAUCGGGACUGGAUCCCCUUGGGGGAGGGGAUCUGGACCCCCCAAAAACAGCUGGAGGAGGGACUGGAUCCCCCCCAGGGAUCCCAGCGGGAUCUGGACCCCCC